ACUCCCUCUGUUUCUUUUUAUUAGUCGCUAGAUAGUACAAAAUUGCACUAUCCAGCGACUAAUAAAAAGAAACGGAGGGAGUAAUUAAUUAGCACAAGCAACAGAAAUAAACAAAACAUGUCGCUGUCACCUGCUCCGAUGCCUUUGAUUGCAGUGGGUGGUGUGGAUCAUCAGAAGCGCAUCCAAGGUCAGGUCAGGUGUGUGGGGGCAUGGCAUGGCAGGUAUGGAGGAGUUGCUGACGCUGCUGUUCAACGCGCUGCUGCUGGUGUUCGUGGUGAAGCUCUUGCUGGCCUUGUUCCACACCAAGAUCAUCGUCAUCCUCCUCUACAUCCUCGUCCUCCUCUUCGCCAUGCUCCUCUCCGGCAGAUUCCCCGAUUGUCUUCGAUUGAUUGAUCUGUUGGAUUGGAUUGGAUCUGAAAGGAGCCGGAAAUGGGGAAAAAUGAGGAGUAAGAAGAGAAAAGGGAGCGCCGCCGCGAGGGAAAGGGCCAAGGAAAGGGAAGGCUCUUCUUUUGCCCUCCCAGCGAAACCAAGCCCCGUUCUGGAAGGGAGGCGGAGACCUUUCGUUGCACAGCACAGCACAGCCACCGUGUAACUGCCGGAACACGGAUGGGGAUCCGCCGUUGCAUUCUCUCUUCUCCACACCAUAAGCAGGACACCGAUGCUAUUUCCACUACACCAUAAGCAGUGAUGGUAUCAUAGUUUCUCAUUCAGCCGCACCCCUUUCACUCUACUGGUUAUCUUUUUUUCCUCCUAUAAGCCGCGAUGUUAAUGUUGUGAGGUAAUGAGAAUCAGAAUCAAACAUGCAGCUAUAAACGGUAAAAGGAGAGAAAUCAUAAUCAAAGCAUGGCCAAUUCCCACUAGUCCUUAGGCAUACAUAAUGCAUAGCCAUAAACUGAACUAGUUUUUUUUCCCUGGCAUCCACAGCUUUAUUUAGCAACAAUUAAAAUCUCUAAACUAAGAUUUGCUUAAGAAAAGCAGCCAUACUCAAAAAGCUUAACAAAAGACAGUAUGCCAUUAUUUUUUCACAUCUUCAUGUACAAAAGCUUGUAUCAUCCAUUAGUUAAGUUUACCAUGUGUUUAGAAUAUAGGCUGCAUUGCUGCAAUAUUAAGAGAGAGAGAGAGAAGGCGACGAUGUACCUUAAUGAGUUGGGUAAAGCUAUUAAGUGAUUCAUAUGCUUGAGAGUCUGGUACAGAGCUUUCAUUUUCUUUUGUACUGUAUAGGAUAGUUUGUUUUAUUCUUGUUUGCUUUCUUCUUCUUCUGCAAUUUUUCAGCCUAACUUUUUUUUUUGUUUUGAUCCACUCUUUUGCUUUUCUUUCUCCUUCAGUCCAGCUACAUGUUUGAAUGGUUCAGUUAAACUAAAUGAUUCUUCAACGCUAGGCUUGCUAGCAUCCACAUUAGGAGUUCCUCGGGUUUCUUCUUCUUCCCCUUGCUUACUCACUCUAUGAAGUGCCUCUUCCACAAGCAAGUAGCAGUCUUCAUAUUCAGCAGCUCUUGAAGCUAGUGGAAGAAGUCUUUGGCAAGGAUUUUUUUUUACCCAAGUGUGGCAUCUAAAUUCUAAAUUAGGAUUUUCCACUAUAUCCGUCCCAUGCAUAUCUACAUCGAGUCCAUCGCUUCAAAAUAUAUCUUUCAGGCAGUAAUUUAAUGUUCAACAAAUGGAGACCUUUUAGUCCAUGCCUACAUAAUAUACCAGUUCUCUCAAAGAGUCAACAUUUGCAUGAGACAAUCUGACUAGUAGGAUCCAGUAUAACCUUUCGCUCUUCAUCAAGUGUAACUGUCCCUCCAUAAGCUCCAAUUGCAAUGACAAAUUCAUUAGUUCCAUUUGAACCUACUACAUAGGCUGCUAGUGACUUUUCAUACUCACUUUGGAAUAGGGCUAGAAACGAGUCGAGCUCGGCUCAGCUCGAUGUGGCUCGCUCAGUGGCCGAGCUCGGCUCAGCUCGCCUACUCACCGAGUUGUAAAAGGAGGCUCGGGCUCACAAGCUGCACCUUGAAAACUAAUAUUGCAUUAUAUAGUGAAUUAAUAGUCUAUAAAUGUGAAAUAAAUAAUCAUAACCCAACAUUACAAGUAAUCUAAGAUAUAAUUGUCAUAUAUCCAUCAUUAAAGACUAAGAAACGAGUCAGAUAUCUAUAAAAUUAUCCAAUAUCAAUCAUUAUUGUGUAGGUUUAUUAAUUUUGUGCAGCUCGCGAGCCAGAGCGGCUCGUUAUCUUAACGAGCUCGAAAACCUGGCUCGGCUCGCGAGCUUCGAGCUUUUUUCGCAGCACUACUUUGAAAGGCUUAAAAUAAUGCAACUGUAGAGCAUGGUCCAUGGCACCUUCGGUUUGCACAGGAGGAGGAGCGCCUCCAUGGACAUUUUUCUGUGGGUGGAACUGUAACCACACUAUAAGUACUAAUUUACAUUACCAGUCCAAAUGUCCUAUGCAGGGCCGUGUGAUAUGUAGCCCUUAGGCAUACAGUUUCACUGAAUAUCUAGUAAAACUUCUCGGCUAGCAUAAACAAGAGAGAUAAGACUGUCUCCAGUAAAGUGUGACAAAUAAGAGACGUGGAAUUGUAGAUGACAUUGUUUGUAGAGAGAAGUCUGAAAUAAUAAGGGAUCUGCUGGAGAUAGCGUAACCUCCCAAGCACAAAAAUUGACCACCAAACCAAGUACGCCCAGCAGGCUGUAAACUGCUUGUAUUUUGGUACACACCUUCACUUGUUAUAUAUAGCCAGUGGAACAGUCCUGGAAUGCAGCCACGCCAAACCAGUUUGGCCGCUUAGGAAUAUGUUUGAUUAGCUAAUCUGUUCGUAGGCACUUUGGUCUAUAGAACUAAAAGGGCAGCCAAUGAGUACUAGAUUAGGAAAGUAAGGGAGAAACAUACAUAUAUAAUCCACUUAAUGACGUUCAGAGUCGCAGGUUCUGUCAAACAUACCAAUAUGUCAGAUCUGAUUAAUUGUGAACUGAGUUCGAUCUCUGUUGCACUUGCUUACUUGGUGGUAAAAAAAGGAACAAGUGGCGUGUGGAGGAGCAUGUUGGUUGUAGUUUCAGCCUCAACUGAAUAAUCCCAGUUGCCCCAUAUGUCACAUCAACAGAGGAGAGGCAUGGUUUGAGAUCUCGGCCAGAAACAGCUUCUCGCUAGCUUUGCGCUGGAUUGCCUACUACCUGCCGGCAGCUGUUUGAUCGUUCCCUGGUUUAAGCAAAGAUAUACAGCUGUUCAAGCGUUGAACCUGAAUUAAAAUAAACACUCCCUUGUUCCGUGGAGAUUCAUAUACAUUGUUUUUUUUCUGACGAUUUGUUUAUUCAAUUUUGUGUACUAGGUUGGCGAAGUAAUCCGAUUCCAAUGCAGACAUUUUUCCAGUCAGCAAUGGGCACUGCAUCUAGUUUCAUCUGCGCUAUCUCCUGGUUCUUUUCAGUCAGCAGCCAUUGGUGGCGAAAUCAGGAUCCGAAUAGCUUGCUGUUCUGUAUGUAUUGAACUGCUGAUCACGCUAAUCAGUGUACGUCGUGGCAAGAACUCAAUUCAUAGAAAAAAAAGAAAAAGUGUCAAUCUAAA